CUCCAUUAUAAGGCUGCAAUCAAUUCCUACGUCCACCGCUUCCAUGAGCUCUCCCACCUCCAGCUCACCGAGAGUGACUGGAAGGCGAUCGAGAUGGUCACGGGAUGGUUGAAGGCAUUCCGGGAGGCCACCACCGACAUGUCGACGACGUCGCGUCCCAUGCUUUCCAGCGUACACUGCACUUUCCGUACGCUGCAGCUGCAUCUCAAGGAUGCACUCCGACAACUGCCGAAUGCGGCACCAUCACGAUUGCGGAACGGGCUUGUCGAGGCCCAUGCUAAGCUCGCUGAAUACUACACGAAGGUUGAUGAGUCGUAUCUCUAUACAUGGGCAGGCUGUACGUUGCUCUACCGGCUCAUCAUGCCCACACUAACCACUUUACAGUGCUCGACCCUCGCAUAUCCUACGAGGGGCUCAAGCUCGACUAUCAAGACGACCCCGACCUCAUGGAGUAUCUAG